AUGAGAAAGGUCGACCCGCAGCUGGCAGCCAUCCGCCAAGCAGCCAGGGAGAAGUUCCUGGCGCAGAAGGCUUCGCCCGCCCCCGCAGAGUCGGCCGCCCCGUCAUUGCCAGAAGUUUUGGCCAACCUUCCACCGGAGAAGUUGGAUGCCCCCAUCGGCUCCCUGUUGGCCGACGCCCCGCCCGAGCUGGCACGUCCGGUGAAGCGUGCUCGUACAGAUCCCGACGUCUUCGUCGUCCCCAAGGAGCGGACCGCGGAAAUCCGGGCGCUCCUGGCCAAGCCCCUGCCGGAAGAUCUUCGAGUGCUUACGUGGAACAUCGAUGGUCUCGACGAGGUGGGAGGAGGCCCGGCCUUGAGCAAGAGGGCCCUGGCUGUGGCUAAGGAGGUGGCCGAGAAGCGUCCAGCAGCUGUGUUUCUGCAGGAGGUGAUCCCGCCGGCGCUGGAGCUCCUGGCAGCUCCCCAGGUCCUGGGCACUGAAUAUGAGGUCCUGGUGCCCAGGGAUCCACCUGUGCCGUACUAUGUGGCCAUGCUCCUCGAUCGCAAGCAGCUGACGAAACUGGCGGAGCCGGUCACUGUGCCGUUUCCAUCUACCCAGAUGGGGCGGCAGCUACUGGCAGUGGCGGUGGAACUCAAGCACAAGCCCAAGGCGGGAGCACUCUUGCUUGCCACCGCCCACCUUGAAAGCACCAAAGACCAUGCUCUGGAGCGGAAGAAGCAGUUAGCCCACAGUCUGCGCUACAUCCAGAAGGCAGUCGGCAAGCCUCCGCCGGCCUUGCCCGGAGGGCCCCCGAUUGCAGCCGCCAUGUUCGGUGGUGACUUGAACAUCAGAGACGAGGAAGUGAAGGCAGUUCACAAGGAGCUAGGCGAUGACGCGCGCGGAAUGUCAGAUGUUUGGACAUUCUGUGGCUCGCCAGAAGCUGAUCGAUGGACUUGGGAUACCACAGCCAACACGAACAUCGGUGCGACCUUCGCGUGCAAGACCCGCUUCGACCGGAUGCUCUUCAUCAGCCCUGGAGUUUCAGAUGCAAAAGGCUGCCCCAGCCUGGCAACGCCGAAAGCCAAAGCGGCCCCGAAGGAGCGUCCCUGCGACCGAUGGCGGCCAAAGAGCAUCGAGCUGGUUGGGAAGAGCAAGGUACCCGACCUCGGCCGAUUUCCCUCAGACCACUGGGGCGUACUGACAGCUUGGGAGGAUGGUCGGGCCAAGCCACUCUUUGCACCCAGUGAGGAGAAGGCUACACUGCCCAUCGCGGCAUCGAAGGGCGAGGCUGUGAUCGACCUCGAUGGGUGA